AUGCGGCUGUCGAACCCGGCCAGGUUUUUCCCGCACUUUAAGCCCCUGCAGGCCAACGGCUACGCGAUUGUCUCUGGCCGCGGCGACGUCUUGAUCUUUCGCAAGGUCGGGCAGGCCGUGGACGGUGCGCUCGCGUAUGAUCCGAGUGCGGUCGGGCGGAGGAGGCGCUCGCUGGGCAAAAAGCUCGUCGUGGGCACUGUGGCGGCGGCUGGAGCUGCGUAUGGCGUCGGGAUGGUGGCGGAGCAUCUAUCGACAAAUGGCCUCAUAUAA